GCCAGGUGUAGCUCAUAUUCGCAAAUUUAGAAGAAUGUACGAGCAGCAAACACAUUUUACGUGUGGAGAAGAAGGUGUGAAGUGAGCUUUGAAAGGAGAAACAAACUGUAGACAGUUAACUAACCCACAUGACAUUAGCUUUAAGUUAACUCCACAAAGCUAAAAGUUAUGGGGCAUGGAUGUACUCACCACUUCACCUCCAUGGAUGGAAGGAGAGAAGACUUCAUAUUUACUGCAUCAUGCUGAGCAGAAUGGAGGGCGCCGGGCUCCUCGGCAACCCUGCCAGGCCUCUGACAGUUCGUGCUGGCUGCCCUCCCAACCUGCCCUUCCAACGGGACGCCAGCUGGCCUGCUGCUGCCGCCUCCACUCCUCCACUGCCACCAUCAUCACCAGGGAGGUUGGCUGAGCGAAGACGGGGCGUAGAAGGGGGGGAGAGAGAGAGAAGAUGGGAGCUGCCAGCCUGCACCAUGCUCACCCGCUCACUGAGAUGUUAAAUCUGUUGUCGGCCUCUCUGUCUCUUGUCGCCGCCUCGCUGAUUUGUAUGCAGACGGGAAGGAGAAGACAGAGUGACGGGGAAAAGCUGAGCGCAGACUUAUCCCCAGCAGACAGAUGGAGGAGUUAAAGUCUAAGCUUCCCCGGUGGUCUCCUGCUCCAGUCCAUAUUGGAUGGGUGAUGCAAAGCAUCCAGCAGCUGCGCCUCUCAUGCCUUUCCUGACGCUGAGCGAAGCCUCCCAUACAGAUGAGCGCUGGAAGCCACGCACCUCUUGACGUAGCCACAGACCGGUUGCGGUUGCCACUCGGUCUCCGUAGCACGUAUUGCGCAACGUGACUGAUGCUCAACUGGCUCCACCGGCGGGCACAUCCGGCUCCCACCGUCGCGUGAAUUCAUUAGAAAAGUGGUCUCAUAACGCCGAGGCAACAGCAGGCAUCACCGAGGAGCUGUAGAGAGAAAACCAUCCGCCCCGCUCCUCACCGGACCGGACCCUCCCCGCGUCAUUGCCACCGGGAUGAGAUGAGACGAGCGCGCGGCGUUGAGGUGCAGUCGUGAUGCGACUGUGUGAGCGCACGAGCUUUCACAACGGCAGCUUGGCGACUUUGGUGGAAAAAAAAAAAAAAAAAACAGUUUUUGACUGUAGAGGUAAUGGCUCCGUCUGACAGCAUGCAGCCAAGGCAGCAUCCGCGGAGCCACAGCUGGAUUUGAGGAGCUAUGUCCGCGAGUACCGAGCCUCCGUCCGCCUGUAGUCGACAGCAUCAGUCGGUUUGGUGCCUCGGGGGUCUUCGCUAAAGUCCAGGGAGAGAGAUCCUGUGUUAGCUGAGCGCACCUACCUGGAGUCGAGAAGAGGUUGCUGUUUUUAUUAUAAGGCCGGGCUUUCUGCAGCCCACUCCCCCGCGCCCUUCCCAGCUUUUUCCCCCCGCAUCCUCCGCGCGGCGCAGAGCGCUCCGCGUCUCCACUACAUGGCAUUGGACAUCAAAACCAUCACCAUCUGAGUGCGUCCUGCGGGCGUAAAUACCUUUACAGCGAAAUACUGAGACUGAAUUAAUCGACGCGUGGAUCGGAGCUGUGCUGUCUUAUAUCUAUGCACCUCACUUACACCGCCCCGGAAAGGACUUCUUGCCAUUGAGAGCUGGAUAUGCAGAGAUUAACGUGAAAGGAUGGAUCUAAUUAUCUGUGUUUUGGGGCUGCUGGCGCUGAUCGUGGAGGGCAUCCGUUGCCAAGGAGUGUACGCCCCUCCAACUGUCCGCAUUAUACACUCAGGGCAUGCCUGCAAUGUUGAGGAGGAGAGGCACACGGAGAGAGUCUACACCAUCAGAGAGGGAGAGACCCUGGAGCUCACCUGUUUGGUGACGGGGCAUCCUCGACCACAGAUCCGAUGGACCAAGACAGCUGGCAGCGUGUCAGACCGCUUCCAGGACUCCAGUGUGUUCAACGAGACGUUGCACAUCGCGAAGAUCCUGAGGACCCAGGGAGGUCGCUACUACUGCAAGGCUGAGAAUGGCCUUGGAUCCCCUGCCAUCAAGUCCAUCAGAGUGGACGUCUACUACCUUGAUGACCCGGUGGUGACAGUACACCAGAGUAUAGGAGAAGCUAAGGAGCAGUUCUACUAUGAGAGGACUGUGUUCCUGCGCUGCGUUGCCAAUUCCAACCCGCCCGUCCGCUACAGCUGGCAUCGCGGGAGAGAGGUCCUGACGCAGGGCUCGGACAAGGGAGUGGAGAUCUACGAGCCGUUUUUCACUCAGCAGGGGGAAACGAAGAUUUUGAAGCUGAAGAACCUGCGUCCCCAGGACUAUGCCAACUACAGCUGCAUCGCCUCUGUCAGAAAUGUGUGUGGGAUCCCUGACCGGAGUGUUAUCUUCAGACUCACUAAUAAGACAGCCUCCCCGUCCAUCAAGCUGCUUGUGGAGGAUCCUAUUGUAGUGAAUCCUGGCCAGACAGUAUCUUUGGUGUGCAUCACCACAGGUGGAGAGCCGCCCCCGACUCUCACAUGGGUCAGCAGUAAUGAUAGCCUGCCACAAAGAAGCGUGGUGAAGGGGGGCACGCUCACACUUCCAGCCAUCACCUCAGACGAGGCGGGGAUCUACAGCUGCGUGGCCAGCAACAACGUUGGAAACCCGGCCAAGAAGUCCACAACCAUUGUGGUGCGAGCUUUGAAAAAGGGCCGAUUCUGGAUCACUCCUGACCCCUACCACAAUGACGACAACAUCCAGAUUGGACGUGAAGUCAAGAUAUCUUGUCAGGUGGAGGCGACCCCGCCCGAAGAGCUGACGUUCAGCUGGUUGAAAAAUGGCCGUGCCCUGCGCAGCUCAGAGCGUAUGGUCAUCACCCAGACGGACCCUGACAUAUCUCCCGGGACCACCAACCUGGACAUCAUAGACCUCAAAUUCACUGACUUUGGCACGUACACCUGCGUGGCCGCGCUGAAGGGAGGCGGCAUCCCUGAGAUCAGCAUUGACGUCAACAUCUCAUCCACAACUGUUCCCCCCAACCUGACAGUCCCCCGGGGCAAGUCCCCCCUGGUGGCCCGCGAGGGUGACACAGUGGAGCUGGAGUGCCUUGUUUCAGGGAAGCCCAAGCCGAUCAUCCUGUGGUCGCGAGCCGAUAAAGAGGCACCCAUGCCGGAUGGCAGCAUGCAAAUGGAGAGCUACGAUGGUGUGCUGCGUAUUGUUAAUGUGUCCAGGGAGAUGACGGGCUCAUACCGCUGCCAGACCAGCCAGUAUAAUGGUUUCAACGUAAAGCCCCGGGAAGCUGUGGUGGAGCUGAUCGUACAAUAUCCUCCUACGGUGGAGCCGGUUUACAUGGAGUUGCGUCAGGGACUAGGAAGGCCUGUAGUGAUGACCUGCAGGGUGCUGCGAGCCCACCCUUCCCGCGUGCUGCGAUUUGAAUGGCUUCUAUCAAACCGGCUGCUCCAUGCUGGAGCCUUCGACGCCCAAAAAGAUGAGACGGAAUACACCAUCCGUAGCCUGAAUCGAGACGGCUGGGGGGAAUACACCUGUAAUGUCAUUAACGAGGCUGGAGCAGGCAAAUGCACCUUCCAGGUUACAGGCAAAGCCUACCCUCCAGAGUUCUACUAUGAUACCUACAGCCCUCUGUGGCAGAACAGACCUAGAGUCUUCGACUUCAAGCUCCAGUGGACCCAGAUGAACCCCAACGCUGUGGACCGCAUUGUCGCCUACAGACUUGGCUUCAGACAGAUGGGUUUGCAGCGCUGGUGGGAGCAGGAGAUCCCUGUGGACCGAACAAUCAACAAAGGAGAGCUCAUGACACAUAACCUGACUGAUCUCGUAAAGCCUGAAUCUUACGAGGUGCGCCUGACCCCCAUCACUCGUUUCGGAGAGGGUGACUCCACCAUCCGGAUUGUCACUUACAGCGCUCCCAUCAACCCUCACCUGAGAGAGUUCCACUGCAGCUUUGAGGAGGAGCCCAUCUGCAUGUUCACCCAGGACAAGAAUGAUGAUUUUGAUUGGACACGGCACAGUGCCGCUACCCGCGAUACAAAGUAUACACCCAACACCGGGCCCGCUGGCGACCGCAGUGGUUCCAAGCAGGGUUUCUACAUGUACAUUGAGACCUCAAGACCACGAAAGGAAGGGGACCAAGCACGGCUUGUAAGUCCGUUUUUCAACGUAGCACCUAAAAACCCUUACGGUAUCACCAACCCACCUGCCUACUGCUUCGGCUUCUACUACCACAUGUAUGGAAAGCACAUAGGAACAUUAAACGCCCUCCUAAAGCAGAAGGGCCAAACGACCUCCGAGGGCCCUGUGUGGUCGCUAAGUGGUAACCAAGGUGACCGCUGGAAGCAGGCCAAAGUAAGCAUCCAUCCAACAGCAUCUUUCCAGGUGGUACUCGAAGGUAUCCGGGGACCAGGCAUUGAGGGAGACAUCGCCAUCGAUGAUGUCAUGCUGGAGGAAGGGGAAUGUCGAGACCCGCCGCCCAAUCUCAGCUCCAAGGCUCUGUCCGCAUCCUCCCAUAUAUGGCUGCUAUGCAUCACCUUGGUGAUGACCCUCCUGGAAGGUCAGAGGUGACCCUUCUCUCAGUCAUCUCAGAGGCGAAUAUUCAGACCCUCCGUCUGUGAACUAUACCCUCGGCAUCCAAUCACCAAAGAUUCAUGCAUCCUGAAAGCAGCAGGGGACCCCUGACAGACCACGGAGGGACCGAAAUUCAUGAAAGAGAGAAAAAAAAUAGUGAUUAAAAAAGUUACACAAAAGCUAAUAAAGAACAUGCGCUAAUUUUUUAAAGAGACCUCUUUUACAGUAAACUCCCCUCGGUGCAGGACUUGGGACAUCUUUACGAGCACAAAGACAGGUGGGCAGUGAAUAAGCCUGGACUUUGGCAAAAGAGUUCGCAAGCGUCGAGGGAGGGCAGUUUGUAAAGCACAAGAACAAUUUUAUGAAGUUAUGAAAAUAUCUUUGAAAGGCGGCGGAAUAUAGACACUGCUGACUUUUUUGAAGAGGAAAUAACAUUUCCCUGCUUACAAAUACAUGGAAUCAGACCUUUCUCUGUGUAUCUUUAUCUUCAUCUUCUUACACCAGACGCCAAUCACCGACACUUGUUUUUCACUCUAGCCCAGCCUCACGUCACACCUUGGCAUUUCUUUAUCUGCUUGGUGCUGUACCGUAGAGAAACAAGGACUCUGGCAACAUUUAGUUCUGUCUGCUUACUCCCCUGUAGCUGCCUAUGUAUCUUUUUAACACUGUGCUCACGAGUCCAAGUGGCCAACCGAAGGUAUGGUGGCAGAACAAAAAAACAACAACAACAAAAAAAAAAUGCAGAAGAAUCAGCGGAAUAGUAGACAGCUGGACUGAAGGACAGAAAGGAGUUCAAGCUUAGGAGCUGAAAUGAAAGGGGGAGGUGAAGAGGCAGCAGGGAGGAGGUAUGUUUGAGGUGGAGGAGGAGAAAUGGAGGGAGAGGAGGAACAAACAGAGAGAAGAGAAAGGUCCGAUUAGUGAGGCCUGACUCGAAUAUUCAGUCAGCGGUCCGCCUGUGGAACAGAAGCCACUUUACUUUCUGCCAUGAAACAAAGUGCCUUCAGAUUACAAACCGAAUCGUGAGCCUGGGUGUUAAUCAACAUCGGACACAUCUCUGUUCAUGUUUCCUCUGAUGGGCUAUUUUCUACAUGUUUCUUUUGCCCCACAAGUGCUGAUUGGAGGGCAUGCGUGUUCAGAGGGAGUAUGGAGUUGUGCUACACCCGAAUUUAACUCCAGAUGGGGAAAGUUUGUCUGUGUGUUUGUGUGCGUGCGUGUGUGUUUGUGUGCUUGUGUGUGUGCAUGCGCCUUUGCCUAUGCCCACGCGUAGUUCAGUGUGAGGGCAGCUGACGAGGCAGCAGUGCUGGCAGACCAGGUUUGGAAACAGUUUGGAUAAAAACAGCAGCAACAGUGAAAGUGAGGCUCUGGAUCUUUUUUUUUUUUUUUUUUGACAGUUUAAGAUCAUACAGGAGGAUGCAGACACUUCGUCGAAUGAAUACCCCACUCUCUCUUCCCAUGAUUCUCCUUCCCUGGGGGCGAGCGUUUUUUUUUAACAAAAGAAAAAGAACAACUGCUGAAUAAAACAUUGCGUUGUACAGGGAGGAGAGUAGGAACUUUGGGACUGCUGGCUCUUCAUUUGGGUGAUACGCCUCACCCCAAUCCUCCACCAUUUAUAUGGAACAAUAUGAGAAUAAAAGAUAAUAAUGACCAUAAUAAUAGUCAUGAUAUUUUAUUACUCUAGCGAGAAUGUUUCUCUGCUUUUACACAAACUGUGAAGAUUGACUGUGGAAGAUCUACCUGAGACCAUAACCUUAACCAGCGGGGUUUUUAAAAAAUGUAUUGUAAAAAAGAGAAAAUAAGAAAAUGAAAAAUUCCGUUCAUUGUUGGUUAUGACAAAAUGUUUUGAGGACUUGUGUCUUGUUUCUUAUUUUUUCUGUUGAAGAUGACUUAACUUCCUUUCUCUUCUUGUUGUCUCCCUUUGCAUUGCUUAAGUAUCAAAGCUGAUGGAAGCAUAAGAAGUAAACCAAUUUGGUAACUGUAUAACUUGUAAAUGUUAAAGAAGCUCUAUUCAAAGGUUUAUGAUAAAUGUUUUAUGUUGGAGUACAGGAAGCACAACAUACAGUUUAAGGUCUCAACCUAUAAAAUCCAUUUUAUAUUUCUCUGCACAUAUGUGACCUACUCCCACUGGCUUUUCAACACUGAAACAAGUCCACAUUUAACCGCAAAUUGAUCAUUUUUUACUCGUGACAUUCAUAUUUAUAGUGCAACCAGAACACUAGAGGAAACCCACUGAGGAGUAUAAAUGAAAUCUUCAUGAAUGGAGACUGGGUAAAAGGCUCAGUGUGUGUGUUGUGGUUGUUCAGCAUAUGUAGCCUCUUCAGUGGAAGCCUAAGAUGGUCUGAGUGGGUCAUGUACAUGUGUGAACAUAAAGCUGUGUACAGUAGGUGUGAUAAGAAACUGAUACAUGUAAAGAAGAUAAAUAUGUUAAGCAAAACAGAGCAGAAUGAUGAGCAUUUCAGGGCAUCCUCACAAUAUCAUUAUCGUUUGUAUGAUGUUGUUACAGAGACAUAAUCACAGCUAUUACCUGCUAUCCAUUUCUGUUGGGUUUUUCUCUUUCAUUUAUGUGUUUUUAUUUUCAUAAGGCCCAGAUCAUAAUGAAUGUAAAUUCAGUUCUUGGGGGGGAGGGGAUUCUUUUCGUACAGUCUUACUAGAUGUAAUGUUUUACUAAAACAUAUGUUCUUUGUGUGCUUUUGAUGAUGAGAACUUUCAGACUUUCAUAGGUUGUUUUGGACACAUCAAGAACAUAAAGUUUGUCUGACUUUGUCACAGACUUUGACACAAUUUCCAAAAAAUAUAAGCUCAGAUAAAAUAUCCAUUAGCUAGUCGCUAUAUCCUCUUGUGGUAUAGUUGGUAAUGAAAAGUGCCAAAGUGCCCUGUGCAGUCAUCACUGUUAUAAGUACGGAUAUGAGUUCCUUAAAAUAUUUUGGUAAUUGUUCCUUUUAGACCCCGAGCACCUGGUCAAUCAUGAAGGGAAUACAAAAUCCUCAUGUAAUAGUAACUCCACCUCGAAGUACGUGAAUGAUUCAAAAUUACAGCAGGAUUUAAAUUAAAGGACACCUUUGCUAUCAUUAUGGUGUUGAGGUCAAAGAUUUUAAAGGAAUAGAUUUUACAUUUUGGGCUUUCUUGCUGAAAGCUUGUUGGUUUUAGCAUAAAGAUUGAAAACGGGGAACAAAUAGCCUGCCGAUGUCUGACGGUAACAAAAUCCACCUAGCAGUACGUGUAAAGCUCAU